AUGUAUUAUGACUCAGUCUGCAUCGAAAGGCAAAAAUCGAAAGCCAUGGACGAAGCAGAUCAGUUAUGUUUGGCUGCUAAAUCCGGCGACUUGAAAAAGGUUCAGACUUUGAUAAACUCCGGCGCCGACGUUUCACACUUUGACGGAGACGGCCUAACGCCGUUGAUGCACGCCGCUAAAAUGGGAAACGCAGAGAUCAUAACGGCCUUGCUCGAAUCCGGAGCUCCAUGGAACGCUGUAACUCCGUCAAACCUCUCAGCUGGUGAUUUCGCCAUGGAAGCAGGACACCAAGAAGCAUUCGACCUGCUUCUCAAGACCGGAAUCCAGUCUGAGCUAAUCUUGGGAACAAUCGCGAGAAAAGAAACCAAGAGCGAAUACUCGAAUCAAGAGUAUCUGCAAGAUCGAGUCACCUUCAGCGAAGACAAGUUGAUGGAUAACGAAAGCAAAGGAGUGAUGAUGGCAUGGGAGAAGCCGUUGAUGGAAGCUCACGCCAAAGCAAUUUGCAUCAACGGCGGCUCGAUUCUAAACAUCGGAUUCGGUAUGGGGCUUGUGGACACAGCGAUUCAGCAGUAUAAUCCGGUGAAACACACGAUCAUCGAGGCUCAUCCAGAGGUUUAUAAGCGUAUGAUCGAAUCCGGUUGGGGUGAAAAAGAGAAUGUGGAGAUUGUUUUUGGAAGAUGGCAAGAUGUUGUUGAUAAUAAGAAGCUUGAUGAUUCUGGAUACGACGGGAUCUUCUUUGAUACUUACGGAGAGUAUUACGAAGAUUUGUGGGAGUUUCAUCAGAAUCUGCCGAGGCUGUUGAAGCCUGAAGGUGUUUACUCGUAUUUCAAUGGGUUCUGUGGGAGUAAUGCGUUUUUCCAUGUUGUGUAUUGCAAUCUGGUGACGUUGGAGAUUGAGAGUUUAGGGUUUACUACUCAGUUGAUUCCAUUGCCGGUGAAGGAUUGUCUUGGGGAUCAAGUUUGGGAAGGUGUGAAGCAAAAGUAUUGGCAACUUGAUACUUAUUAUCUCCCUGUUUGUCAGUUUAGUGAAUAAGAGGACUCAUGUUUUGUUGGAUUUUGCCAUUUUCUUAAUUUUUUUUUGAUGUUAACUUUUGAAAUUUCAGUGGUAUACGUUCAUAUCAUGGUGAUUUUUUUGAAAAAUGUAGCUUAAUCUCAUCCUCCACUCUUACAUCCUCAUGGCUAUAUAUCUGAUCAUAAUUAGACUC